UUUUGAUGUUUGACAGUAGCUAGCUAGCAUAGCUGUGUAGGUCGUCCAUGGUCACGUUAGAUCUCUAUGUAAAAAGCUUUAGUAAACAUUUUCUGAUGCGACGUAUACGUAAUUCACCUGACAGUGAAUCGACGAGGAGAAUAAUAUAUCAUUAUUAAAAAAUUGAAGGUCAUGACUCGUGUUAUCUAGAAAAACAUCAUAGCUUACUUAACUGGCUCGCAGGCAGCCAUCUAAAUGAAUUGAGUUGACCCCCCAAGGAGAAAAAUAUGCAUUUGGCAGAUUUCGUUGCUGGUUCCGUUGGAGGUGAGCUAAAUAACGUUACUGUAAUGUGUUUUUGUCUGGUUGUUAUCUAAAUCAUUUAACUUAUCAUAGUUAUAUUGCUGAGAAAUUUGGCAACAUGUAACUACACAGGCAAGCGAAGCUAUAGGCUAGCUUACAAUGUGAAAUAGGUUGAAACAUUUUCACUGAGUUAGUUACAUAAUUUACGAUGUGAUGAAUAUUACUUGUUCCUACAGGAGCCUUUGGAGUGGCUGUGGGGUAUCCUUUGGACACAGUGAAGGUAUGUAUCUUGUUAUGUCAGCGAGCUUCAUAAGUUGGCUGUGCGCAUUUGACUAAUGUUUAAUAAUGUGCAGUUAUCAAAUUCAAUAACUUUUGACUCGAUUACCUUUUGCAGGUGAGAAUACAGACGCAAAGGAGAUUCACGGGAGUUUGGCAAUGCAUUCAUACUACAUGGAAGACAGAGGGGGUGAGUGCCUCAGUGAGGUGUUGAAACCCCCAUAUGAAGCGCUGUAGUUUGGACGUGGGGCUGAAAGCUUUCUCUCUCCACAGGUGAAUGGAUUCUACAGGGGCAUGUCCAUGCCAGUCACCACUGUCUCCAUCAGCUCCUCUGUAGUGUUUGGCGUCUACAGGAAUGUCCUGCAGUGUUUACAACAACUACGAUCCACCUCCACAGGUUUGGAUUUUCUGCCAGCCAAAGUGGACUUCUUCUUGUCCGGGUUGUCAGGAGGUGUUGCACAGGUAGUCUACUUAUAACUAGUAUAUUAGUCUACACUUGUUGCAACAUUACAUGACAUGGUGCUUGGCAUGGCCAAUAUUGGUCAGUUUCAGUGAAUUGUAUUAGGGGAACUAAAAAAAAAAGAAUUUUCCUCUAAGCAAAACUGGAUCAUAUUCACUAGGAAGCUAAUGGGCUGAAACACGACCUUGAUGACAUCAUACCACAACACCUUUGAGUAGUCUUUCCCUUGUCCUCUUUAAGGUAUCUGUGAUGGCACCAGCUGACAUAGUAAAAGUACGGAUGCAGUGCCAGAUGGUACACCAAGGCUUGGACGCUCAGCAACCCAAGUAUCGUGGCCCAAUGCACUGUCUGCUGACCAUCGCUCGUGAAGAGGGCUUCCUCGGACUGUACAAGGGAGCUGGUGCCCUCGCCCUGCGAGACGGCCCCUCUUUUGCCACCUACUUCACUAUUUACCACGUUAUCUGUGAGCAGCUGUCCCCACCUGGGAAGACCCAGCCAGGUAAACACAUAGCACCUGGGAACACCCAGCCAGGUAAACACAUAGCACCUGGGAAGACCCAGCCAGGUAAACACAUAGCACCUGGGAACACCCAGCCAGGUAAACACAUAGCACCUGGGAAGACCCAGCCAGGUAAACACAUAGCACCUGGGAAGACCCAGCCAGGUAAACACAUAGCACCUGGGAACACCCAGCCAGGUAAACACAUAGCACCUGGGAAGACCCAGCCAGGUAAACACAUAGCACCUGGGAACACCCAGCCAGGUAAACACACAGCAUCACUCUGGAAGAAUCUUCCAAAGCAUAUGCUUCUGUAACUCCGCUCAUGUCAUCUUUAAGUGUAAAUGGUUGCUUUUACAAUUGGUCAUCAUGAUUCUUGAUAAUUUAGUGUUGAUUAUUUGGUGUCUUUUUUCCCCCCCAGAGUGGAAGGUGGUUCUACUUGCUGGUGGACUGUCAGGGAUGUGUGGCUGGUGCAUAGGGACACCUAUGGACGUGAUCAAAUCCCGUUUGCAGGUGGACGGUAUGGGCAAGAGGAGAUACAAGGGUUUCUUCCACUGCAUCGCGCAGAGCAUACACACUGAGGGGCCUGGGUGUUCUCUUCAAAGGCCUGGGCCUCAAUUGCAUACGGGCCUUUCCAGUCAACAUGUCCGUGUUCGCCAUGUACGAGGUGGUUGUGCGCCUCCUCCGACCGAAAACUUGA